AUGGCUGCUGCCCGGACACUUCGCAUUGGUCUCAUCCCCGGAGACGGUAUCGGACGGGAGGUCAUCCCGGCCGGCCGUCGGAUCCUCGAGUCGCUCCCUUCGUCCCUGAACCUCAAGUUCAGCUUCGUCGACCUCGAUGCUGGCUACGAGACUUUCCAGAAGACUGGAACCGCUCUCCCCGACAAGACUGUCGACACCCUGAAGAAGGAGUGUGACGGUGCUCUCUUUGGAGCUGUCAGCUCCCCUAGCACCAAGGUCGCCGGCUACUCAUCGCCCAUUGUCGCUCUCCGCAAGAAGCUCGACCUAGCGCACCAUCGAGGGCCCUAA